CCAAAGAAGUGUUCCGAGUUCCGACUUCUGAGUCCUGAGACCGAGCGGAAAGUAAAUUGUAUUAAAGCACAAUUCCAGACACGAGCUCUGCAACUUUGCCUUUCUGUUGCUAGUAGAAUUGAGAGAAAUGGGGAAGGCCGUGAAGGAGCACCUCGCUCGAGCUCUGAAUUCACACCUUAACUCCAUUCAUGAGACUUUCCAGGUAUUGUAUGAGACGCCCGCAUCAUCUCUGGAAAAAGUCACUUGGGAAGAGGUUGUACAGAUGGGCGAGCAACUGUCAAAACAAGCAACAGUUGCGGGGAUGCUAUGGACCGGAGAAGCACCAGAUGUGAACCAACUGGAAGAGAACAUGGGGUCAUAUUUUAACAUGCUUCAGGGAUUCCUUUUGCUUUCCCAUGGAAGUACAGUGGGUGCUGGACCUACUCUUCGUUCAAACAUCCAUGCAUCUGCGAAGCAAGUUGUCGAUUGCAGUUUAGCAUUAUUGAAAGAGGCUGUUUCCUCUUAUGGAUCACAUGAUGCGAAUCAGAAACGAUCGAUCCCACCAUUAGCUGGUGCUGUAUGGGAUGCAUGUAUUGCCCUCAAAAAGACUCCAACCACAAACUACACAGCAAUUGGACGAGCUAUAACACAGGUUGCAGUGUCCUUGAAGGAUGUACUGCGUGAGAUGAAGGAACUCAAGCCGGGUACUACUGAUCCAGCAGACAAAAUUUCUGAUGAGACUGCUUCUGACCCAGCUGGUGAUCCCCCAGAAGAUGAUGAUUCAAGUGAGGGUGACCUUGGUAAUGACCUGUCGCUGGAAGAGAUGAAAAUUGCCCAAUCAACAAUAGAUGUUGUGUCCAACACACUUGCAGUCAUCAAGGAACUUAUCCGCUACAUUACAGGUUUACUGAAACAAUCAAGUCCCAAUGGUGGCAGUCAUUCUGUUGAUUCAUUGGAGAAAUUACUGAAAAUCUGUCAAGGGAUUGGAAUUCAGGUUGACGAGCUUGGAGCAUGUCUCUAUCCUCCACAAGAGAUUCCUGCACUGAAGGCAGCAGCUGGGAAAAUAACAAACGAAAUUAAAGAAAUGCAGGCAGAGGUCCGGAAUCUGAAGGGCCCUUCAGAAGGCUUCUUCCAGGCAUGUGAAGGCUUAGAAAAUUCUGUGAGAAAGCUGGAGGCUGAACUGGAUUGUUCUUCUGAUGCUGCUGAUCUGGCCCCACAAAUGCAGAACCUUGAUUUGAGCGUGUAAAAAACAAGAUAUAAUAGAAAUACAAGCACAGAAGGUAAAUGUAAACAUUCUAUUGCAGAAUUGUGGUUGUACGUUUACAUUUUUGUGAUACAAUGCAUGCACUGAUUUGAAGUUGAAGUUCUUGCAAGUCUUAA